AUGCUUUUCGAAACUCAUACCCAGAUGGAGCCGGAUAUCUGGACUUCAAUACCGAAUACAACGAAUGCACAAGAAGCUCAACAUUGGAAGCUUUAUAGUGCGGUUGGACGGGACCAUGGUCUCCUUGAAGGUCUUGAAGCAUUACAUGCUGUUGCCGAGACAACCGUCAAGCUAUUCACUGCAAAUCUUGAAGGGGGCCUUAUCCGCUAUGGGAAGGCAGAGCCUUGGAAGGCAAUGAUCAAUCUGAUUGGCCGUAGCAAACCAAGUCGAGCACCUGACACCAAGAAGGAUCUUCUUUCGAGGACACCUAAAAAGUCAAAAGAGUUGCCGUCUACACAUCACACAAGUUCAGCAAUAGUAGGGCCAGCAAGUUACCGGUGGGACAACAUGUCCUGUUGGGCUGACUCAGCUUGGGAUCUUCUGUAUCGCAGUAUAGUCAAGGAUUGGGCAAGUUUCUCAAGCCGUUUUAGCUCUGACUCACAAACUGAACGUCCUAUCCGCGAUUUUUACAACCUGAUGCUCCUCCGGCGAAAUGCUGAGCAUGAUUCAUUCAUUCUGAAGGUCCCUGACUAUGAUCUCUCUACAGCUCUGAGUAGUCAGCAUGACCAAUUCCGACGUCGCCUUGUAGAGUGGAGGAUAAUUAAAUCAGAUAAUGCAGUAGGAAAUGCCUUUGAUUGGUUUCCUCAAGUACUGAAGGAUAAGCUCAAUGACGAUCUUGAUGAUGACAAUUGGACACAGUCCUACUUCCAAACCAUGUUCGUCACUGUCAAGCACUGCUCAGGUGAUGGCAACGGUCACCACUACCAGGUGUGCCAGAAACCAGAGAUACGUUACCUUAUUGUUCUCCGACAAGCUGCAUGCCAAGAGUUCAAGGGUGAUCUUCUGUCAUGGCUCCAAACCUUUGCUAAUGUGAACCAUUCUCCCCAAGCUCUUCCUACAUGCUGGCGUGCAAGGGAUGGAGAAUCCUGGUGCAAAGGCAAUCAGACAGAUGUAAAGUUUAUCUUAUCCCUGCCUGUUGUAUUGAUUUUGGAGGAGGAAGAAUGUACAGCAUCGACAGAGUUUUGGAAUUUUCCAGCGCUACUGCAACCAUACAAAUCUGGGGAGCUGGCAACAGUGACUUAUGAUAUUGUUGGUCGAAUCUUCUACAGCCGCAGUAAAAAUCAUUAUAUCAGCCGAUUUUUAGAUGAAGAUGGGAAAACAGUCUGGACUUACGAUGAUAUGGCUCAUGGCGGUUGUCCAUAUGUUGAGCCUGGCGCAACUGCUGGCACCCACCUGAUAGGCAGCAGCUCUACUCUCAAGUUACCGUCUGAUUUCAUUGGGGCCUUUGCUAUAUAUCACCUGCGAAAUGGAACAAGCAUGCAAGAGGCCAUAUACACCUCACAACUUGCAGUGGCUCGAAGAGUUCACCAUAUGAUGGUGGAACCUGACAGCCUUCGACAUCACAUCCCAAAAAUAUGGCUAUCUCGAGCGAAGUUUGCACAACUUACCCCACAUGACCUAACAUGGCUGAAAAACCCAUUCCGUUUGGAUACUCUUGACUAUCAGGAAACCGCUGAGUCUAGUGGUACCAUUCGCAUUCCUCCUCGUUCCACCUUGUCCUAUCAACCCAAUCAUGAAUCCUCACCCUUCCUGUCAUCACCAACUUCAAAGAAUCUGCUUGGACCAAAUUCAGUCUCUCCACAGGAACAGGAUCAGAUGCACUCUGUAGAGACUCUCGACCAUGGUCUCAAUGUGGAUUUGAUUGAGGAAUACCUCCAAGAAGGCACAUCAGACUUCCAGUUUAUGUGCAGAUGUGGAAUCACAAUGACAAACGAGACACUAGUGGUUCACAACAGCAGUACAGGUGAUAUCAUUCAGUGCGACAACUGUGACAUUUGGUCACAUAUUGCAUGUCAGAAAGAAGGUCGAGCGGGAGGGCUGAGGCAGACAAGAGAGCCUUUCCAAUGUGACGACUGUGCAGGGAACUCACGAGCAAUUAUUGACAGCUUCAUUCCCGGCAAGAGAGCAGCAAAAUUGGCUCAGAAUGCGACACAAAGACUUCAUACACGGCUACGUGUCGAUCAGAGCUCAAUUAUUGACGAGCUUUGGGGAAACCAACACCAACGCAGACAGACAAGGCUUGGACGAUGGGACCAUCCACCAUUGCGUCUCAGUGAAGAAGAUAUCCUCAUGCAAUUUGAGAAUUAUCCGUACACAGAGGAGGUCAAUGAUGCCCUGAAACCGCAUCUUGAAUUUUUGCAGACGUUGCACUGCUCUCCACAAGAUUGUUCUGUUGAAGAAGUUCCGGCCAAGGAUCCACAAGGUCACCGGUUCAAACCGGGCUGCUCUCAGUUUACCUCUUAG